AGCCUCACAAAAACUUCAGGGACCAGCAGCAGAAGCACCUCUCAGCUUGGGAGACACUUCCACCACAGGACACCAGGAAACUUCCUGGAUCCUGAGGUGAGAGCAUUUCUGGAGGAGAACACUGAAGUCAUCAGCAGUGGAAACCUCACACCAGAGAUAAGACUGCGGCUUCUGACACCUCGCUGCCGAUUCUGGAAGGAAAGAGCCGACUUGUGGCCUUUUGCUGAUCCCUUCUGGGCAAUCUAUUGGCCAGGAGGCCAAGCCCUAUCCAGAUAUAUUUUAGAUAAUCCGAAUAUUGUCAGAAUGGGAUCUGUAUUAGAUCUUGGGAGUGGAUGUGGAGCAACAGCAAUAGCUGCCGUGAUGAGUGGUGCAUCCCAUGUCCUCGCUAAUGACAUCGAUCCUAUUGCAGGAAUGGCCAUGGUCAUCAAUUGUGAACUGAACAAUGUGAAUCCCUUUCCUAUUGCAAUUAAGAACAUCACUGAUACAAAACUAGACAAGUGGGACCUCAUUGUGUUAGGGGAUAUGUUUUAUGAUGAACAUCUUGCUGACUGUCUGCAUCACUGGUUGGGGAAGUGCAUCAAGAUGUAUGGAACUAAAGUUCUGAUCGGUGACCCCGGGAGACCUCAGUUUACAGGCCACAGCAUUCACCGUCAGCUGCACAAAGUGAUAGAAUAUUCACUUCCUGAGCCAACUAGACGAGAGAACAAUGGAUUAACAUCAAGCAUUGUCUGGAGUUACCAGCCUUGACUCGCAGUUUCUUCAAAGGCUGCUAAAGGUGGAAAGAGCUUGUACUUGAUGGGGGGUUGGGGGAGGGAGUAUUCUAUAUUUAUAAAAUGUGAAAAAAGAACAUAAGUCAGAUUCUUGGCUAAUGUAACUUGGUCUAGUUCUACGGAAGUCAAUACCACUACUUCAUCUUAGAACAAUGGAAGAUUUGGCCCCUAGUUUAGGGAAAAGCUUGCAGGUAAAUUUCACUCUCAGAUAAGCACACAGGCCUCAAUCCAAGUGCAUCUCCAAAGGCAGUUUUAGGUCCAUCAUUUUGCUUAUACGAUAAAUGUACCAGCUUCUUUGUCACAAAACAUGUCAUUUAAUAUUUCUUAAGAUUUCCACUAUAAAACUUUAUUUGUCCUGUAGGUAGGCACACUACUCUCAUGUGUGUUUCUUAUUCACAUACACUGAAAAAAAAAAUCAACAUUAGGCUUCUUAAAACAGAACAUGUGAAUUUGUUAGGUCAUUAUAUAGUUGGGGAGAACCUGGACUGACCCAGGGUAGUCCAAAUGUAUCCUCCUCUUAUUUUUUCUCUCUCCUCGUGACUGUCCAUAUAACUAAUCAGGUUUUUCUUCCCAUCUCAUUCCAAACUAUAUGUCUGUAUCCUGGUACCUUCCUUGAAUCUCCUGAGGCAGCCAGGGCUGUCAGUCAAGAACAACGCAUGGUCCUGAACUCACUUCUUCAUCUGGCCAGAGCUAAAAUGACUAAUCUGAUUAAUAAACUGAACAGACUGUGAACUAAACAGUAAUAUGAUUAGAGACUAAUUCAUGUGGAUUUUGAAAAACAAACUUUGUCCAUAUCCUCUGAAUACACAGGAAGGGCAGGGUUGAUGGGGAUCUGUCACAGAGAAAAAAAGAUUCAAGGUAAUUUCUUUUUUUCCCCUUGAGACAGCCAUUUCACUGACCUUUCUGCUUAGGAUGUAAUAAAGCAAAAGAUUAAGGGGGAGGAACUGUGUCAGAGAGAAGAUAGGAUAAUAGGCUACUUGCAGACAUUAAAAAAAAAAAAA